CAAAUGUUAAAUGUGUCUGUGUAAACAAGCCUUGUUUGUUAGUGUGGCUAAGCUCAUCCCUACUAUUUUUAGCAGGUUAACCUUGUUUCUGCACCUUUUUUUAAAAUUUGGAUCCUGCUCUCCUUUCCUCCCAGCGCUCCACCCCACCCCCCUGUCUGGACCAGCAAUAACCUUUUACCCAGAGAGCUGCUAUAGGAACGGAGCAGGGCUGGUGCAGAGCGGCGCUGCGUGAUUGGUGCACACUCUGGGAAGCGGUGAGAAGGCAGACAGAACCGAAGCUGUAUUGGCUCAGGCCUGAUUUAGUGGGAGGGGACUUUGACAAUGAGGACACAUGUUUACAGUGAUGAAGCAUAGAGAAAGAAUGGAGCCGGACAGGAGCACAGGAUACGAUGAAGUCUUGCUGAUUUUCCAUAUGAUCAAAGUUUGGAGUUGGACUUCCUGAUUCAUUUCUGAACCGCCUGUUAUGUGGGCCCUGUCUUACACAGACCGAUGCUUACCACAGAAAAACACUGACCCUGACAUGUGGGAUACUGAAGGAAUGAAGGGCUGAUUGCAUUUGUUUCAAGUACUUCAGUCUGUCCUUGUUCCCUGUAAACAAGGAGGACCAGUUGUAAGGACUGUCUCUGGGAUGUCCAGUGCUCAGCUGCUAAAAACUCCCCCUGACAAGCCUGUGCGUGGUGGAUGCCACGGCAUGGCUUCUCCCGUGUCCAACGUGCCCCUCGGAGUGUUCGGACCCUCGCCGCCCCCUCCAGCCGUCUGGCCUCCUCUGGAUUUCGCCCUGGGUGCGCUUGCCUGUUGUGCAGCCUGCGUGUUCACCAAUCCUCUGGAGGUCGUGAAGACCCGUUUGCAGCUCCAGGGAGAGCUGUGUGCGCGAGGGUCCUAUCAGAGACACUACCGCGGCGUCCUGCAGGCCCUGUGGGUGGUGGGUCGCACGGACGGGCUCCGGGGCCUGCAGAAGGGGCUCUCAGCUGGACUCAUCUACCAGGGUGUGAUGAAUGGUGUGAGACUGGGCUGCUACUCCUACUGUGAAGCUCUGGGCAUCACCUCCUUUUCAGGGGGCAGUCUUCUGUCAGGGGCGGGGGCCGGGGCACUGGGCGCUUUCAUUGCCUCACCUUUUUACCUGGUCAAGACCCAUCUGCAGGCCCAGACUGUACAGGCCAUAGCAGUGGGUCACCAGCACAACCAUGUGGGGGUGUCCGAUGCCUUCGUCACCAUCUAUAGACGAGAAGGUUUGAUUGGUCUGUGGAGGGGUGUGAACGGGGCCGUGCCUCGUGUAAUGGUGGGAUCAGCUGCUCAGCUGGCAACCUUCACCUCGGCCAAGGACUGGGUGACACAUUCCCAGUGGUUUAGUCCCAGCAGCUGGCUCAGUGCUUUGAUAGCCGCCAUGGUCAGCGGAGUCGCUGUGGCCAUCAGCAUGACGCCAUUUGACGUCAUUAGCACCCGACUCUACAACCAACCGGUGGACGAGUUCCGCAGGGGUCGCCUGUAUCAUGGCUUUUCAGACUGCAUGCUGAAGGUGUGCCAGGCUGAGGGCCUGCUGGGCUUGUACAAAGGCAUGGGUCCUGUCUUCCUUCGCUUGGCUCCUCACACGGUGCUCAGCAUGCUGUUCUGGGAUCUGAUGAGACAACAGACAGUGAAGGGCCACCAGAGCAAAGGAAGGAGCUAAACCGUUCCCACAUAUUGUACAAGCAUUUGACUGCUAGAAAAUGGUCCGUGGGUUAAAGAAACCUGAUUUUAAGGAAGCAUCUGAGAUGAACAUUCUCCGGCCUCUGGCAGGAAGUGACUUUCCACAUUGUCAAACUAUAACUUCAUGUGAUGGAGGAUGACCAGUAGGAACGUCUUAAAUAGGGACACAAAACAUGACAAACGCAUGUUGACAAAUGAUCCAGCUGCACUUUAAUAUACCUCAAAGAAUCUAUAAGCAAUCGCUCCGACUCUCACAGAACUCUCACAGAUCUGAAAUAAAUGGUUAAAAAACAUUUUGGGUUCAUUGAAAAGUAAACUUUAGAGAAUAUUCCAGGUUUCUAAUGGUGUGUGUGACGUGUCUGUAAUGUAAAAAAAAGAUGCGUGAUGGAGAUGUUUUUAUUUCCUCAGAAUUUGUUUUGUAUCCAGAAUGACUGUCUGUUUAAAAUACAUGAAAUAUAAAAUCAA